CGCUCUGGGAGCUGCUGGGUGGUGAGGAGCCCAAGUUAAAGGGAUUAGUGUUGGCUGUGCAACACAGGAGGUCCUUGGAGCCAAGAGGGAUCACCUGGCUGCCAGCUCGGAGACAGCACGACCUCUCAAGAUACACCAGCAGGGCUCUCACACGGCUUGUAAACUCGCCAUGGAGCCAAGAAAUCUUCCAUGAUACCGCACGUUGUUGUUGAAGAGUUGUGUGGCAGCAGCCUUGGUGUGCUUUUGGAAUACUGCCUUUGAGUUCGUGUUGCUCGUCCUCUAAAAGGAAUUGAUGCUGUCUGGGAGCAGGUUUCAUUGUCGAUUUUGUUGUUGACAUGCGUUGCCUCGCCACCUUUCCAUCCAACGCAUAUGACCUCCAUUCAUGGUGUUCGUCACAACAAAGCUAAGGACUGGGAGGACUGGGAGGACUGUUGUUUGUCGAGGAAUAACUUGGACUCAGGCCAAACAUGGCCAGAGACGUCAGUCCUCUGAGCCUCAUGCCUGUGUCUGCCAGACACCAGCAGUGGGUUGGAGCCUCUCUGGGGGUCAUCCUCCCCUUUUAUCCCCUUCGUUCUCUCAUUUUCUACUACUUCCUGUCGUGUGCAGCAGCAGCAGGAAGUCAUCCCGGCAUAGAAUAUGACUACGGCAUUAGCCCCAAAUUUGUUUGCACCCCAAUCCCCCCAGAAGCAGACCCCAGCUGCUACUCCCCGCCCAGUGUGCCCCAUGGGCCGAGCAGUAACGGCCACACAAACGGCCACAACGGCAGCAGCCGGAGGGGCAUGAUGUCCGACGAGGCCAAAGCCACCAUCUUGCACCUACGCGAGAGCCUUGUGAGGCAGAAGGAGACCAUCCUGGACCAGCGGGAGACCAUCAGGGAGCUGACCGCCAAGCUCACCUUGUGCGAGGGCUUCGGUGGGCACCACGGCACCGAUCACCACGACAACCACCAUGACAACCAUCAUGAUACCCAUCACGAUACCCAUCAUGACAACCAUCACGACGGCCACGACGACCACCACGGGCACCACGGCAACCACCACACGCCGUCAUCGUCACACCACGGGCCUUCAUCGUACCACAGCAGCGACCACCAUUACUCCCACGGCAACCACCGGUCGGACCCCCACCACAGGAAGGGCUCCUCGUACGGAAAACACAGCUCCUUCUCCCCCGAACAGACGGGAAAAACACUGCAGACACUGAAGGAGAGGCUUGAGAACUUGCAGGCGAGGAACUCGUCCAGCUCGUACUCCAGCUCCCUGAGAGAACUCCUGCAGAGGAAGAUCACGGCGCUGGAGGAGCAGCUGCACAGCUACUACAGAGAUCACCACGACGACCACCACGACGAUCACCACGACGAUCACCACGACGACCACCACGACGACCACCACGGCAACGGCCACCGCGACGACCACCACGACGACCACCGCAGCAACGGUCACCACGACGACCACCACGAUGACCACCGUGGCACCAGUCACCACGACGACCACCACGACGACGGCGACCACCACGACGAACACCACGACUAUCACCACGAGCCUGGUCACUACGACGACCACCACGGCGACCAUCAUGAUGAUCACUACGAUGAUCACCACGAUGAUCACCACGGCGACGACCACCAUGACAACCACCACAGUAACGAUCACUACCCGCGGCGCCUUCCGCCCAGCGGCAAAGAGACGACGAGUCCACACGGCGCCGGACACAGCAAGCUGGAGACGGUGCUCAGCCAGCUGCACCACGGCAACACCGACCACGGAAACCACAAGAAGCUGAAGAGUCCCAGCGCCUUCCUGCUGGACUUCCCCAUGAAGACCAACUACCUGUACGCCCGGAUGAAGCGCUCGGUGGUCAACGAGAUCUUCGCCAUGACGAUCUGCCUGUGGCUGAAGGGAGGGUCGACCUCCGGCCUCGGCACGCCCUUCUCCUACGCCGUCCCGGGACAGGCCAACGAGCUGGUGCUCAUCGAGUGGGGCAGCAACCCCAUGGAGCUGCUCAUCAACGACAAGGCGGUGACUCUGCCCAUAACCAUGACGGACGGGAAGUGGCAUCACUUGUGCAUGACGUGGACGACGCGGGACGGCGUCUGGGAGGCGUACCAGGACGGGGUGAAGAAAGGCUCGGGGCAAAACCUGUCGGCCUGGCACCCCAUCAAGUCAGGAGGGACCUUCAUCCUGGGCCAGGAGCAGGACACGAUGGGAGGCCGCUUCGACGUCACCCAGUCCUUCAUGGGGGAGCUGUCAGAUCUCCAGUUCUGGUCCCGAGUCCUGAGUCCCAGUGAGAUCUACAGCCAGGCCACCUGCGGGGGCCACCUCGUCGGUGACGUCAUGUCCUGGACGGAGGAGGCGGUGGAGCUGCACGGAGGGCUGGCCGAGCUGCCCUUUGACCCCUGCCACUAAGGCCUGACACCCAGAGCUGUAGCUCCACACGCCCCCGUCAACAAUAGCUGCAGAGUGGGAAAACGUUUUGUCACGGAUCAAAGACGGGGGAACUAUUCUUGCUCUGGAUGGAAGCAACAGGCGCAGCAGCAGGAUUUGUUUUCUAUGUAUUUUUGCCAUUCCUGCCCGAUGUUUCUGCCUUCCACCACCUACACUCUCUGCUGUGAGCAGCAUGACUUUGAAGGCUCCAAAGAGCGCAGGGCUUUGGAUUUACCGGCUGUGUGGUCAUGACUACGGCCGCUCUGAGGGAUCCAAUACACAUAAUAGGAUUUCAUUCCAUCAGAGCAGGUCCAAAGGUUGCUUGUUGCCAUCAGCUCGGCUUGUUUUCUUCGCUAUGUGAGCAACACAGACAUUACGGGAGGUGAAAGAGGCACACAGGAUGCACAUAAAGCCACACGGAGACUAUCGCCGUGGUGAUUCACACGUGUUGCUAUGUGCUGGUUGUUGUGGGAGAUGAAGGAGUAACGCUCUCGUGGGGCUUUUUUACUAUGUAGGUCAAAUUUGGUUACUGAUGUGUAUUUUGCACGUUGAGAUUCCGGCGGACUGUUUUGUACUAGUAUUUCAUAUUGAAAGCUACUUUUUUUUGUAGGAAGAAAAUUCGCUUCUGUGGCAUAAAGAAGAAAUAUAAUCUGUGUAUUCUUUAUAAACACGAGGACGUUUGAUGUUUUAACUUUACAGAAACUAGUUCUCUGUCUCCGUAAGAGGAUCUGUUUCUCUGCUCAAAAGUCGGCCGUUACGUAAGAGUUCGUUGGCUCAAAGUCGGACGUGACACGUUGAGGCCGCGACACAUCACCGCGGUAACGCUGAUGUCUCCUCGGCGACCGGUGGCGGUGGCUUACAGCGGGAUUUACCUGUGCACGACUGAUCUGAUCCUGCCUAUUUCUGACCAGCUCACACCACAUGGCAGUCAGACACACACUCACACACACACACACACACACACACACUCACACACACACUCACACUCAGAGAGGAUAAA